AUGAUCGGUUCGGUGAACUUCGCGCUUCGGUACCGGCUGACCGGAAUCGAAUCGGCCCGGCAGCACACGUGUGUGCAGAAGCAGCAGCAGCAGCACCGGUCACCGGCCGGGUUGGCCAUUCUCGGCAGACCGGUCUUUCCGGGAAACCACAUUGACACGGGGGCAGGUACCGUACCGUACCGUACCGUGUGCGUACCGUGUCAGCAGCUGCGAGCGUCAGCUGCCGCUUCGCAGGAGACUAUUGGAUUAUUACUUUCGCCCGAAUCGCCCGAAAGACGUUUCCGACAAGCGCUCAUCAAGAUGGGAACUGCUGCUGCCUGCCUGCACCAACCAACCAACGCAACGGUUUUCGCAAUGGCCACGAUGCAGCGACGCCUGGUGCAUAAGCAGUUCAACUCGCCGAUCAAUCUGUACUCGCAGCGCAACAUCCAGGAAACGCUGGACCGGGAGCUGAAGCUCCUCUCCAACGGGGCCAUCGGAAUCGACUUUGAAGAUCCGGCGACUACCAAGCCCCCCAGCUUGGCCAAGUCUGCCGUUCUUCAGGCCCUGGAGGAUGAAGAGCGCCAGCAGGCUCGCGGUUUGAAGCGCGUUGCCUGGCCACCACCACAAGCGGAGGGUGGUGACGAUUACUACCAGCAGCAGCAGCAGCAACAACCCUCCCAUCCGCCUCAACAGCAAUACUAUCAGCAGCAGCAACAACCAUCCCCCCAGUUCCAGCACCAUCAGCAACCGACUUUUCAACAGCCAUCCUAUCAGCCCUACUCGCAACAGCAGCAACAACAUCCACAACAGCAACAACAACAUCAGCAAGCACAGCAUCAGCCGCGAGAACGAAUCAUCCCGAUUCAGAGGUCUGACCCGUCAACUCAACAGCCGCAGUAUCAACCACAGGCAACGCAAGCCUUCCAACCGCUAGCGUCCGCACAGCAACAGCAACAGCUCUAUCAACAUCCUCCCGAGCCAACGGUUGUCCCACAGCAACCGUACUAUCAACAGCCGGACCAAAUACCAUUCGUCACCACACUACGCAAGGAACCACCGAUGUCGCAGGAACCGGCUCCGGUCUAUCAAACCCAACCAGUUGCUGCUAUUUAUCAAGGCGGUACCAACAUGCGCGGAGAUCAGAAAUGGCCACCGGCAGAGUACAAGAAGCAAAGUGAACUGGAAAACGAAGAACGCCGAAGACUAGCCCAGCAGCCCGCGUUCCGUCCGCGUAAGGUGCAGAAAGACUACAGCGAUUUCUUCGCCAAGAAUGCACUGAAUCAAACGUAUCCAGCCUAUCGGGCACCACCGGGCACCCAACAUCACGAUUAGUCAUCAUGCAAUGUUGUACACAACGCACACUUCUAGCACCGCACACCUACAUAUAAACGCCAGAUUACACGUUCACUACGUCCUUCGAAGCAACAUUGUCGACCAGUUUCUACCAGUUCACUUUUUUGCGAUCUUGUACUAUGUCAUAAGAGAGAGACUUAGAAUAGCCACCACAGAAACAAACACAAACAGAAAACGAAAACAAUAAACGUUGAAAAAAAAACAAUACUUUACAGCCAAAGUUUGAUACGCUUGAAACGAAACAAAUGAAAUACACGAAACUAAUUGCAGAUAUGUUAUAGUAUGAACAACAAAUUUUUUACAUUAUUACUUGUUAGGCAAAAAUGAUUGUAACUAAUCUCUGAUGUUGAAAAUGACUAUCUAAAAAUUGAUAUAUUUAUUUUACACUUUUCUCAACCGUCUCGAUUUCAGUAUACUGUAACGCUAA